UCCGACAUCGAGAAUGUCUUAGUCAUUGUUCCAUACUCACUCACUACAUUGCAACAAGGACUGGUAAGAGGUACGUUAAACCAAGUUGAACUGAUCAUUUUAACCAUUUGGAGGAAACAACAAACGCAUAUUUCUUGAUUAAGAUGGUGAAAUUCAUCCUCAGCCUCGCUCGACACGGAGAGAGCACAUUCAACCAAGCAAAACUUGUACAAGGACAAACUGACUCACCCCUAUCGGGAGAUGGCGUCCUUCAAGCGGAGAGUUUGGGCCAUCGUUUAGCCAAUGAGAAGAUAGACUAUGUUUACACGAGCGACCUCCUGAGAGCAGCACAGACAACCGAGCUCAUUCUCCAAUCUUUAAGGACGCCCCCACUCGAUGUUGUAAAGGAAGUUGACUUCAGAGAGCGGAGCUUUGGUGAUAAGGAGGGCAUUAAGAUCUCUGAGUAUAGAAGCUUUUUGUCUUCGGAAGGGCUGACAUUCCGUUCCCAUGUUCCAAAGGGUGGUGAAUCUUUUCAAGAGGCAAGACAACGAGUCGUGAAAGCCUUUUACGACGUCUGCAAGAAACAGGUUGAGCUCGAGAAGAACGAAACGACAACGACCAAUGACCGCCUCAUCCACGUCCUCGUCGUGGGACACGGUCUCCUGUUCAAAGAACUCUUAUCUUACUUCAUCGAGGAACUCCACGUCGAGAUCCCCGGCGGAAAAGACCGAGUCAUGAAGGAUAGCGCAAACAGUAAUCUGUCCAGAUUCGAGGUCGAGUACGCCCCCAACGUUACCCCGAAAAUGGUCUGUAAAUUCAUCUACGAUUACAGUCAUUUGCCCGAAGACAUGCAAAAGGCAUUGCCGAGUAAAGCCUAUUGAAACAUACUAUCUUAGUAUUGUAAAUGUAUGAAUAUCGACCUAGACCUACAUGUUUUUCAUCGCAGUACACACUCAGCUUCGAAAAUAUUAAGAUGGAUUGUGUACUCAUAAACAUAUUCAUUUUCUUCGUCAAUCUGAAUAGAUUGCAUCAAAGAAUCAUCAAAAUUUUUAUUCAAAAUGUUGAUUAAUAUUCAAUCAGAAGGCAAUAAUACAUGAUAAACCAGCCUAGUGAAAAUUUUAUUUAAACACAUCAAUUUCCCCUCUCAUACGCUUCAAUAAUUUGCAGUCAAAUGUUAUAAAUGUUUUAAAAUGACUUGAUCUAAAAGUUAUCAAUUUCACAAAUAUUAUGUUAGCUCAUUGUCAACCGGCAAUUAUUUCACAGCAACAUAAUCUUUUAUUCGAUAAGCUAGGUUAAGAAUUUUCGUGAUUUUGAUUUAUCAACUAUUAUUUAGCAACUUAGUUUUAUUCAAACUCGUGGAUGCACUUGAAACCUAAUCAAAUAUAGGCCUAUAGUUGAGUACUCUAUUUAUAAACAAUCGGUAUCAGAGCAGAACUAAUUGUUCUUUAUGUGUGACAUAUUUCUAAGAAUAUAAUUUCAUCUAUAAAUAAAUGAAGCAAAACUUAAAA